GGAGUGAAUUCCGCGAGAGACCUUAAAACGCUCAACAAGUGUUUUUGUUUUUUUUUUGUUGUUUUUCUUCUUGUAAGUGAUGGUGCUGGACACUCUUGAUUCCGCGGAGUUGUGAGGACAAAGCCGCUUCCCUUUUUCUGCGUGCGGGAGACCUGUGUCUGCUCUCGGAGGAGGACGCCGCCCGUUUUCUGGACACAAUGUCGUUGAAAGUCGUGUGAAGUGUGGAUGGAAACUGAAGCUGCUUCUGAAAGCCUGAAAUAACCGAACCAAGUUAACAUCCUCUGCUCCCUCUGUCUGUAAGCGCUUCAGUCACGGAUGGACUUUCUUUCUCUUUUUUCCCCCCCAGCGUUCCUUCCGUCAUCAUUUCUCCUUAGACACUGACAAUGACUGCGUGUCGUGUUUUCCGAGAAAGCAUGGGCUGAGAUUUUUAGGGGGUUGAUCUGACUUGUGUGCGCCCCCCGGACCGUGUCUCAAUUUCCGUGUGCGUGUUUGUGGACGCGGUGUCAGGAUGGAUCGGCGCGCGUCGGAGUGUGAGCGUCUGUUUUUGGUCGAUACUUUAUGUGCAAUAACAGUUCCUCUGCUGUGACCGAAGGAGCGAGUGUCCUUGUCAUUCAUCCUCGGAUGGAUGUUCCGACCCAAACAUCCCUUACGUAAUGACAUGUGUGUUGGAGGUGGAAAAAGGCAUUACUGGAUGAGUGGGAAAUAAGCGACGCAGACGGUCAAUGAGCGACCAGGACUCUUAUCUACAGCAGACCGGGAAGCCGGUGCCGAUAUGACCGGCGCUGGAGCGCUGAGGGCGGCUGUGGAGAGGAGAGGGAGGGCCGCGGGCGGAGAGCAACCUUUCAAGGACGAGGAAGGAGGAAUGAUGGAGAAACAUCUGUGAGGACAAACGGGACUCUUGAAGUGGGGGUGAAAAUGAGGCUGCUGGCGUGACAGCAGGAAGAGUGAAGAAUUCAGUCAUCUGCGUGGGGCCAUUUCCAAGGGCACCGAGGUAAGGAUGGCCACAUUACCGGAAAGAGGGCGGGGGUGCGAGGAAGCAGCUCCAGGAGAAUGAACACAGACUCAGGUUACUUCCCCCCUAUCAUCUUUUGUUUCAAUAACAGCAACAGAGACAUCUUUAUCUAUGUAGGAUAAUCUGAACAGGUGAUCACAGCCUACAGUUUAUAGCACCAUUCUUCCUGAGUGGGGAUGGAUGGAGUGGCAGGAGGUGUGGGCACUCCUGGCAGCGCUGGAGGCACUGGGGGUGAUACCCUGCCCAGGCGGACUGAUGGAGAAGCAAAGCGGCGCAGUAAAGGCAGCCUGCCCUCCCCGGGCUACCGUCUGUCCCAGGCCUCUCUUGAGGGAGAGAAGGGCUCCUUCAGUGCAGACAGCUCCUCCAUGGGUGGACGAGGCCGCCGCCCCUCCAUCAUGAGCUCCUCCCCCAGGGACAGCCUUUCCUUUCGGGUGGCAGGCACCCCAACCACCCCGGGGACCUUACCAAUGGCACUACCACCUCCAGCAGCAUCCUCCUCCUCUGGCUCUACCCAUCCUCCUCCUGCUCCACGUUCUGUAGGCUUCACAGCAUCCCGUGCCACCCUGGCCUCCACCUCCUCCACCGGAACCGGGGUCAUGGUGGUGGCCACCGGCGCAGAGACGACCACCACAGCCUGCAACACCACCGUGGUGGGGACCCCGGAGAUGGCAUGCCAGUCUGGGCUUGGAGGAUUUGGUAUGGGGCUGGACGGAGAGGACUACAGCAACUCCAACCAGAGCACCUUCAUCCAAAGACAGUUUGGUGCCAUGCUUCAGCCAGGAGUCAACAAGUUCAGUCUUCGUAUGUUCGGGUCCCACAAAGCUGUUGCCAUGGAGCAAGAGAGACUAAAAUCAGCAGGAGCCUGGAUCAUCCACCCCUACAGUGACUUCAGAUUUUACUGGGACCUGCUGAUGUUACUGCUGAUGAUGGGGAACCUGAUCAUCCUGCCGGUGGGCAUCACGUUCUUUCGGGACGAGAACACACCUUCAUGGAUAAUCUUCAACGUGGUUUCUGACACUCUGUUCAUGGUUGACCUGGUUCUGAACUUCAGGACCGGCAUCAUGAAGGAAGACAGCACCGAGAUCCUCCUUGACCCAAGGGCAAUCCGCCAGAAGUACCUGAAGACCUGGUUCCUCGUGGACUUUGUGUCGUCCAUCCCUGUGGAUUACAUCUUCCUGAUGGUGGACAGUCUGGACUCGGAGGUCUACAGGACGGCCCGGGCGUUGCGGAUAGUCCGCUUCACCAAAAUCCUCAGCCUGCUUCGUCUGCUGCGCCUGUCCAGGCUCAUCCGCUACAUCCACCAAUGGGAGGAGAUCUUCCACAUGACCUAUGACCUUGCUAGUGCCAUGGUGAGGAUUGUAAACCUCAUCGGUAUGAUGCUGCUUUUGUGCCACUGGGAUGGCUGUCUCCAGUUUCUGGUCCCCAUGCUGCAGGAUUUCCCUUCUGACUGCUGGGUUUCCAAGAACCUGAUGGUGAACGACACAUGGGGUGUGCAGUACUCCUACGCUCUGUUCAAAGCCAUGAGCCACAUGUUGUGUAUCGGGUAUGGCGCCCAGGCUCCUGAGGGGAUGACUGAUGUGUGGCUCACCAUGCUCAGUAUGAUCGUCGGCGCCACCUGCUACGCCAUGUUUAUCGGCCACGCCACCGCCCUCAUACAGUCGCUGGACUCUUCUCGGCGACAGUAUCAGGAGAAGUACAAGCAGGUGGAGCAGUACAUGUCCUUCCACAAGCUUCCCGCCGAUCUGCGGCAAAAGAUCCACGAGUAUUAUGAGCAUCGCUUCCAGGGCAAAAUGUUUGAUGAGGAGAACAUUCUGGGAGAGCUCAGUGAGCCACUGAAAGAGGAGAUUGUCAGCUUUAACUGCAGGAGCCUGGUGGCAAACAUGCCGCUGUUUGCCAACGCUGAUCCCAACUUUGUGACCGCAGUGUUGACCAAGCUCCGAUUUGAGGUGUUUCAGCCAGCUGACUUCAUCAUUCGUGAAGGAACCGUUGGUCGUAAGAUGUACUUCAUCCAGCAUGGACGGGUCAGCGUACUGACCAGAGGCAACAAGGAAACCAAACUGAGUGAUGGGUCCUACUUUGGGGAGAUCUGCUUGCUUACUCGUGGACGAAGAACAGCCAGCGUGCGCGCAGACACAUACUGCCGCUUGUACUCUCUCAGUGUGGACAGCUUUAACGAGGUUCUGGAGGAACAUCCAAUGAUGCGGCGAGCCUUUGAAACGGUCGCUGUUGACCGUUUGGACCGCAUUGGUAGGAAGAACUCUAUGCUACUGCGAAAGUCGUCCCAGGGUGGUUCUCUCGGUGGGAGUAUGGGUCGUGGCGGAGGCCGUGGUGGAGGCGGUCCUGGAGCUGGCCUUGCACCGAGUGGUCUAGGCUCCUGCGACAGCAUGUUGGUGCAGCAGAUUGUCAAGCAUGACAGCAUGCCAGCCAUGCAGGACACCAUCGCAGCCGCUGCUGCAGGAAGGAGCGGAAUAAUCGGAGGAAGUGGCACGGUGUCCCCUCAUCCCCGCCCUGUCAUCUGGGCACCACUUGUCCAUGCUCCCCUGCAGACGGCUGCUGCGACCAGUAAUGUAGCCAUUGCUCUUAUGCACCAGCAGCAGCAGCAACAGCAGCAGCUCCAGCAGCUGCAGCAGCACGCUCUUGGAGCCGGUUUCUUCUUGCCAUCUCCUAUGAUUUCUCCUUCACCAUCAUCCACUUUCCCUCUUUCUCCUCCCCGCGCUCCUGUGCUGCAGCCCCUUCGCCCUUCAGUGAGCUCUCUUAUUGGGAUGAUGACAAUGGGAGGAAUGAGUGGUUUGUCCCCAAGAGGAUUUCCACUGUCACCGUCAACUAUGGGUCCUCCAGGUGGGGUAACAUCACCUCCAGUUGCUAAAACACCACCCACUUCAGCUUCUUCUGGACCAACUUCUGUCCAGCAAGGACGGACUGUUAUCUAUGGUCCCCGUUUUCAGGCUGACCACCCCUCAAUGACAGCUGGGGGACUUGUAACACCACCAGCAGGAGGGCCAGGCUCACCACUACACAAGGUACCACCCACCAACCCACCCGCAUCUUCCAGUGGCCCGUCAGAUGGAAUCAGCUGUCAGCAGGGUGCCAAAGAGGCUCUUCUACGUCAUGGGGUGAACAGUUGUCAGGGUCUGCCAGCACUGGGGAGGCUAACCCAAGAGGCCAGGCUCCUGUCAGCUUCGCAGCCCACUCUUCCUCACCGUUCCUGGGCGGCUGUGCAGCCUCAUCCUCCUCUCCAUCGGAAGGCCUCUGGUGGGAAUUUGUUGGCGGCUCCUUUCCUGGCAGGACAGUUGGCAAGAGGUGGCAGUGCAGGCAUGUUGACCAAUAACCCUACGCUACAGCUGGUGACAAACAUACCAUUGAAUGCACAAGUACAGGCCACAGGUCCUAUUCAGCCGGCUAUGCCACAGGCGAUCCCUGCAACCUCUGUGCCCACAGCUGCACACAUCCCCUCUACACCUUUCUUGCCAUCUUCUUCCCCUCCAAAGCAGACCUCCCUCUCUUCUGUCACCCAGUCACCUACUCCUUCUUCUUCGACACCUAUUCUUACCCAAACACCUCGACCAAAGCCGAUUCCUUCAACAUUGUCCUGCUGCUCCUCCCCACCCUCAGCAAGUCCGUUGUCCACACCCCGUCCCAAACCGGUUCCUACAUCUUCUCCCCGCUCUUCCUCUCCCUCUCCAUCCUCCACACCUCCUCCCUCAGCUGUUUCUACCCCAGUUCCUCUGGCUCAACCUUAUGGACCCAGAUCAUCACUGACAUCUUCAUCUCCCCCAUCCUCUGUGCUCUCCUCAUCUCCGCCGCAUCCCCAGAGCCCCAGAGCCAAAGCAUCCAACACACCUCCUUCUGCCUCUCCACUGUCUGGCCACAGCCCUACCCUGACCCCAACUGUGUCCCCAAUACCCACUCCAACUCAGACAACCCGCACCCGACCUUCCACUCCUACUCAGACACUUACUCCUACGUCGUCCCCAUCUCCAUCUGGGCCCUCCAUUAGUAAAUCUCAGAGCCCCACACCUUGCCUCCAGCCCUCCGUCUCUGGCUCACCCAGGGUUUCUGCCUCAAGCAAGACCCCUAAGCAGACUUCUCCUUUCAACCCUCUUCAGUCGUCAGCCCCAGCCUCAACACCUCUUAGCACAAACUCUCCAACAAAAGUCACUUUCUCAGUUCAUCCUGUGAAGCAAACCUCUCCUGUCCUUUCUCAUAGUCCUACUUCAGGCUCCAGCCUUUCUUCCAAACAAAGCCCUUCAACGACAUCAUCCUCAGCAACUUCGUGUCCCAGCCAAAGCUCCUCAAACCCUUCCUCCAUUUCUACCAGUUCCUCCACCACCACAGCCUCUCAUCAACAAGCUUCCACUGCUGCAGCCAACCAGACAGCACACACACCCACCUCUGCCAACUCCACCUCGCCAAAAGGGGGGAAGAAAGACCCUCAGCUGGCAGUCACCAGAACAGACUCGGAGGGACUAAGGCACAAACUGCCUGCUAACAUGUGAGAGGAGGAAGAAUAUUUCGUUGACUUUUUGUGCUUAACCAGUGCUAAAUACCAGAGCCAUGGAUGUGCAGACUUGAGUCAAACUUGCCAACAGGUAGCCCAUGAUCUCACAUGAACAGUUCAUACAUGUUGAAUUUACUCUAGGAUGUGGUUGACUUAGAAUAUCAGGUCGUCAUGGGACUUUCAGCAAAGCCAUCGAUUGGGAAGGACUUUAUGGAAGUUACCAGUGGGUCUUACUCACUAAGAGGAGUGUCUACUGAACAUCCAAAUGUAUACAUUCGUGUCUGUGUUAGUGAUUGUUGGAGCAAGCAGGUAACCUGAAGUGGAAAUAUGCUGCACUGUGUAUACGGAGUAGUUAGGAGUAAGCAUGGGCAGGUUACAGUGUCAGAGUACCCUGAGGGUUAAUCAAGCGCGUCUUAAAAAAUUAUUUGAAGCCAUUUUAAUGAAAGACCACAAAAACAGCAGAAAAUUUAUUGGAACAAACACAUCACAGUUUUGCCCCUGGUCUAGCUGUUGCUGCUGAUCAGCUGGCUGAAAGGAAAGACAAAUCAUGUUGCUUAAAAUGAAAGAGGAACCAUCUAUCAGUUUUACUGAGGUAACUGUUGAAUAACAAUAGUUGGCAUGCUACAUGCUAAUCCACUGCAGGUCCUGCCUGAACAAAUAGUUUGAUUAAUCAAUCAGCUAAUAUCAUACAUGUAGUUAAGAGCAGAAUUAUGUAUACCUCUGGCAGAUUUAGAUUUAAAGUAAUCAUUUGAUUUUAUCAAAAAUACCAGUGGACAUGUGUAGAAAGUUGGUCUGCAGUUACCAGAAAUAUUUGAUGGCUGCAAUGCCAAUCCAUGAAUAAUUUUCAAAAUGCCUUUUUUUGAUCAAAUGAAAAUAAAAACAGAAAUAUUGUCUUUUUCAAGAACUAUGUCCUUUUAGUCUUUUGUCAUGUUCCCCAACAAAAAUAAACUUAUUUUUUGAAGGAAAAUAACCGUAAACCUAAAUCGUAAAAAGGAGAGAAUGAACUCGAGCUUAACUACAUGUGUCUCCACAGAGAAAAAUUAAUAAAUCAAGAACAAUUAGAUUUACUUAACAACUAAGAAUAAAUUAAACUGUUUUUAUUAUAAAAUUUCACUUUAGCGUUUGAAAAAAAAAAUACUGCCAGAUAAAUGUUAUAAAAAGCUGUUAUAAAUCAAUAUAGUGUAUUGUUUUGUUAUUAUUAUAUUUAUUUUAUUAUAUUUAUUUACAUGAAAGCAAUUGGAUCAUGGGGGGCAUAUUAAAUUUUUUAAACAGCGGUAUUUUUACACAAUUUUUUCAUUAAAACCUUAAACCAGCCCAUGCCUACUCAGUAGGGUUAUUUUCAGCAAUAUUUAUUAACGAGAAAUCCUCUUUGCAGGGACUGUAAAUGUGAGAAAAUUAUCACUUUAUUGCUGUUGGGGUGAAAGGUCACUGUGAUAGAGCAGCAGACACUUCCUGGUUUCCAGCUCCAACUCCCUCUUGCUUCCCAUUCUUCACCAAAAUGUAAUAUUUUCUCAUCAGAAUAAAAAAUAAUUAGAUUGAAACUCACUGUAAAGUUGAUGCUCAUAUGAAUUUGAAUAAUUAGGAGCAGUACUCUGGUAGUUUUGUUGUCCCUGGUGUGUGUGGUGUUUAGUUUUUGAACAAUAUGAAAUCCUAAAAACCUACAUGGUCACGCUGACAGCUUCUGUAAAACUGUGCUUUUCUAUGUGCGCGACGCAACGCUGCUCUGUUGUGCACCGUGGCUCACAUGAUUUUGUUCCACCCGGCUUCCUGUAGUGUGCGUCUGUUGUGCGCCUCCUCACCGUCGGCCCCUUUGUCUUUCAUCUUCUGUCUGUCUAGCUGCCUUUCAUCUGAUUUUACAGCUCUGGUUUUGCUAGCAGUUCCUUUGACGCUCGCAGACUCUCUCUCCCUCUUUCUCUCGGUUUGCCCAACACUUUGCUCGCUGCUGCCGUCAGCCUCGUCUUCAGUUGGCGACCUCCUCGUGUCGCCGUGUGACACUGUUUCAGCACCGUUUCCAGUGAUGUUUGAUGUUUUCUGUGGGUAGCAACAAGACAUUUCAAUCUUUAUCCUGGAUACCAUGUUGCCUAGACUAUAUAUGUAUAUAUAUUUAAGGACCAAAUGUUUUAUUUUUAUUUAUCACAGCUUUAGCUUUUGAAAAGAAAAAGUAGCAAAUGAUGCUGUUGAAUGAACAUGUGGAGUGUGGCAUUAAGGAUGGUGGCAACAUGUGUAAUGAUGAUGAGGAGAAGUUGCUACUGGUCUACAUCUGGAUGUAAGAAUAAAACAGAUUUAGUAUCAA